AUGUCUCGUACAUCUACGGAGCUCCAGCAUCCGGCAUUGACUCACCCGGCGAGCUCGACAUCUCCCUCGACAAAGCUAGGAAUCCAACUCGUCCCCCUGCCUGAACAUGUCACCAACGACUCCGAUAAUGUCUCGCGGGAGAAUUUAACUGGAGAACCGCUCAGCAAUGCAGCGGGACCAAGCCCGGUUUCGGCACUCAAGGCAGGCGUGAUCAUUGCUACAGCCGCAAGCAUGACACUGAUGAAUUCGUUGCUCACCGGUAUAUUGACUGUCGGGCUACCUGUGAUCGCAAAGGACAUCGGGUUGGCGGAGAACCUGCUGCUCUGGCCGGCAUCUGUCUAUGGCCUCGCAUGCGGCUGCACACUCCUUCUCUCGGGCUCCGUGGGAGAUGUGAUUGGAAGCCGGCCGCUCUACCUCGCCGGGUGCGGUCUGCUCUCCGCGUUUACACUGGGCUGUGGUCUCGCCACAACGGGCAUACAGCUCAUCGUCUUCCGGGCAAUCUCAGGCGUUGCGCUCUCUUUCAGCCUGCCCAGCGCCGUGAGUAUCAUCACCACCACCUUUCAGCCUGGAAAACGGAGAAACAUCGCCUUUGCAUGCCUUGGUGCUGCGCAGCCCGUGGGAUUCUCCCUUGGCAUCGUCUUGGGAGGUGUGCUGAUUGCCGGAAUCGGGUGGAGGUAUGGCUACUACAUCGUUGCGGCGCUGAAUGUUUGCAUUCUGCUAGUUGCAGUCUGGCAGAUUCCCAAGGACCCAAGGAUGGUUGAACCGGUUACCUGGAGACGACUGUACAAUGAAAUUGACUGGAUGGGAACAGCACUCAUCAGCUCUUCUCUCGGGAUAUUCUCCUACACUCUAUCAACGAUGACCGUCUCCAUCCAUGAGCUGACCAAGCCCGUCAACCUCGCCCUGCUCAUCCUCUCAUUGAUCAUCUUUGCAGCGUUCAUCUUCUGGAUCCUCCGUCAAGAAAGACUCGGCCGCGUCGCCAUGGUGCCCCCCUCCCUCUUCAAGGCGGACGCAACCUCCGCUCCCCGCCGCGCACGCAACUUCACCGCCAUCUGCAUCUCCGUCUUCCUCACCUGGGCCGUCUUCAACGCUUUCCAGUACUUCACUUCCCUCUACUUCCAACGCAUCCAGAACCUCUCCGCCCUCCAGGCCUCUGUCCGAUUCAUCCCCAUGGUCAUUUCCGGUGCCCUGAUAAACAUCGCCACCGGUCUUUUAGUCCCCCGCAUCAAAGCCAACGUCCUCUGCCUCGCUGCAGCGAUUGUAUCCGCCAUCGCACCCUUGCUCAUGGCCGUCGCGCGACCAGAGUGGAGCUACUGGACCGCCCCGUUUUUUUCGGUGGGACUCAUCCCCGUGUCGGCGGAUACGCUGUUUACCGUGUCGAAUCUCGUGAUUACCUCGACCUUCCCUCCAAGAAUGCAUGGUUUGGCGGGCGGAGUGUUCAACACCAUUUCUCAAAUUGGCAUGUCUGUCGGCCUGGCGGUUACCGCUGUCGUUGCGAAUGCGGUGACAGGCGCGGCAGGAAGUAGCAAUGGGGUUGGUAGGGAUGCGGGAGCCGUAGAUGCAGUGUUGAAGGGCUAUAAAGCUGCGUACUGGAUGAGUUUUGCUGCGUCGGCAGUGAUUGUCGCAUUGAGCUGGUGGGGAUUAAGGGGCAUAGGGCGGAUUGGAUUGAAAGAGGACUGA